AUGGACAGAUCAUCAACACACCCUGUGAGUGAAUUCAUUCUUCUUGGCUUCACCUGUACCUGGGCAAUGCAGAUUUUCCUCUUCUCACUCUUCUCUGUGAUGUACGUGUUGACACUAAUUGGAAACCUGUGCAUUACCUGCACAGUGUGGUGGGACCAGCACCUCCACACCCCCAUGUACAUCCUGCUGGCCAAUUUUUCCUUCCUGGAGAUGUGGUAUGUCACCUCCACUGUCCCCAGUAUGCUAGCAAACUUUCUCUCCGAGACCAAGACCAUCUCCUUCUCUGGUUGCUUCCUCCAGUUCUACUUCUUCUUCUCCAUGGGCACCACUGAGACAUUCUUCUUAUCUGCCAUGGCAUUUGAUAGGUAUCUUGCUAUCUGCAGGCCCCUACACUACCCCACUGUCAUGACAGUUCAACGCUGCAUCAGAAUGGGAGCCUGCUGCUGGGUGUGUGGCUUCUCCUGUUUCCUUUUCCCAGUUUAUCUCAUCUCCCAGCUUCCUUUUUGUGGCCCUAAUACUAUUGAUCACUUUUUAUGUGACCCGGGACCCCUCAUGAAGUUGUCUUGUGUGCCAGCCCCUGCCACUGAGAUCGUCUGUGCCAUCUUUAACUCAGUCCUAAUUUUCUCCACGUUCCUGUUCAUUACCAGCUCCUACACCCUGGUAAUCAGGGCUGUGCUUAGGGUCCCCUCAGCAGAAGGCAGGCGUAAGGCUUUCUCCACCUGUGGCUCCCAUUUGGCUGUGGUGUCCCUGUUCUAUGGCUCAAUCAUGGUGAUGUAUGUGAGUCCCACAGCAGGCAAUCCAGCAGGGAUUCAGAAAAUUGUGACUUUAUUUUACUCUGUGAUGACUCCACUUUUCAAUCCCCUGAUCUACAGCCUCCGAAAUAAGGAGAUGAAGGAAGCCCUGAGAAAACUGUGUAGGAGCAUGCUAUUUGGUCAAAGACAGCUUCUCAAGUACUAG